GGGAGCUGGGGUCCCGGGAAACGAGCGUCUGGGUGCAGCAGCGGUGGAGCGCACUACCAUGUCCCUGCAGGCUGAUUUUGAUAGGGCAGCGGAAGAUGUGAGGAAGCUGAAAGCAAGGCCAGAUGAUGAAGAACUGAAAGAACUUUACGGGCUCUACAAACAAUCUGUAAUUGGAGACGUCAAUAUUGAGUGUCCAGGAAUGCUAGAUUUAAAAGGCAAGGCUAAGUGGGAAGCAUGGAACCUCCAAAAAGGAUUAUCGAAGGAAGAUGCCAUGAAUGCCUAUAUUUCUAAAGCAAAAGAGCUGAUAGAAAAAUAUGGAAUUUAGAAUUCAGCGUAUGAGAAAACUUUCCUUUUGAAGCCUUCAUAAUGGUAUCAUGACCUAACAUUUAGAGGAGAAAAUUCACUAUUAACUCAUUACAUCUCAUGAAAAUUUUUGCUAGUAACAUGAAUUAUAAUCUUUAAUUAGAGGUAUGAUGAAACUA